AUGCCAGUCUUCUCCCGUUUGGCCGUGGCCGUCCAGCUUUUCAGCAUCAUCUUCACUCCUGCUCUUGCCGCAGCGACCGCGAAAGACUAUGACUAUGUCAUUGUUGGUGGUGGUGUCACCGGUUUGGUUGUUGCCAACCGUCUGACCGAGGACAAGCGUGUAUCUGUCCUGGUCAUUGAGAGUGGCGAGUCUGUCGACAGCCCAGGAAACAUGAUCCCUUACAAGGCCAACGAUCUCACCAGUGCCAAUGGUCUGAUGUGGGAUGACCUCACAUCUCUGCCUGAGCCCGGUCUGGGCAACUCGACAUACAACGUCUUGGUUGCCAAGGUUCUCGGUGGCGGUUCUGUUGUCAACGGAAUGGUUUACGACCGUGGUUCUGCUGCUGACUACGAUGCUUGGGAGGCUCUGGGAAACAAUGGUUGGGGCUGGGCAGGUAUGGAGCCGUACUUCAAAAAGGGCACAACCUUCCAGCCCCCUUCAGCUGCUGUCGCUGAGGCAUUCAACAUCACCUGGGAUCCCGAGACAUACGGUAGCGGUCCUCUGGCUGUUAGUAUCACUGACACUCAGUACCCCGACAUUAAGGACUAUUGGGCAGCAUGGAAGGCCACCGGUGUCCACGUUCCUGAGGAUGGCAACAACGGUGAGGCGUACGGUCCUUCCUGGUACGCCAAUACCAUGGACAAGAAGACCGGUCGCAGGGCACACGCACGCUACGCGUACAUCGACCCCAUUUCUCAGCGCACCAAUCUGAACAUCCUCACCAAGACCACCGCCCAGAGGAUUAUCUUCGGAAGUGGGAAGAAGAAGUUGACGGCCACCGGUGUCGAGAUCACUGAUGAUACUACUGGCAAGACUUCCAUCGUGAACGCUAAGAAGGAGGUCGUCCUUGCCGCUGGUGCUAUCCAGACUCCAAAGCUGCUACAACUCAGUGGUGUGGGUCCAAGGUCUGUCUUGAAGGCCGCUGGUGUAAAGGUGAAGGUCGAGCUCGAUGCGGUCGGGUCUAACUUCCAGGAUCACCCUUACGCCACCGUAGUCUUCAACACUACGCCUGUCCACUACCCCAGCCCUAACCUCCUCAUGACCAACGCUACUUUCAACGCCUCUGCUUGGGCUCAGUACGAAGCCAACAAGACUGGCCCAUACACGUACGCCCGUGGUAACGCCCUCGCCUUCAUUUCUCUGCCCGAUAUGACUUCGAACGUUAGCUCAGUCGUUGCCAGCCUCAACAGCCAGCAAGAUGCUUCUUACCUCCCCAGCUUCUACAAGGGCAACAAGAAGUUGCUCAAGGGUUUCGCUGCGCAGAAGAAGAUUAUUGCCGGUCUAUUCCAGCGCAAGGACGCCGCCGUUGCCGAGUUCCCUGUCCCUGCUGAUGGCACUUAUGGUCUCGUUGGCGUCGAGAAGCCCCUCUCUCGUGGUUUCGUUCACAUCAACGCCAAGAACCCCACCGGAUCUCCCGAUAUCAUCCACAACGCCUUCGUCAACCCCGUCGAUAGAACCGUCAUGGCGAUUGGUCUUCGUUUCUUCCGCACUGUCUGGGCCCGCCCUGAGCUCAAGGAGUACAAGAUCAGCGAGACCGUCCCCGGUGCUCAGUACACUUCCGAUGAGGACAUCUACUCUGCUCUCCUUGCUCAGGCUUCCUUGUCGCCUACGCUCGCACAUCCUUCUGGUUCAUGCCCCAUGAUGCCGGAGAGCGCUGGUGGCUGCGUCAGCGACAAGCUCCUGGUCUACGGCACAAAGCAUCUCUCUGUUGUUGAUGCUUCGAUCAUUCCAAUCAUCCCUUCGUGCCACUUGCAAGCGACCGCCUACGGUAUUGGAGAGAAGGCUGCUGCUGUGAUUAAGAACAGGGCAUAGAUCUGUCGUUCCCUUUCUGUGCUUGACCUUUCUUGUACAUAAGAUUCCCCAAUUCCACCAAGAAUUCUCAAACAACUUCCAUGUUCCAUCUCUCAUUUUCCAGCUCUUCCAGUGUUCAUUCUCGGUGACAGCUUGACACGUAAUGUAUUGACAAGGGUGUAUGAUAAUCGGUGGGGCAGCCCUGAGUGGGCCGUGAGAUUUCCCGCAGACCAUCGGCCACAUAACACCGAGCUGUGCGCGACAACGCAAUGACCGCAAGCGAAGGAUCGACAAGUCCUCAAGGAUGAGACGCAAGAAUUCCAGAUCGU